UGAGGCUAGAUGCAAGAAAACACAGGGGACAGUCCUUCCUUGUUCCUUGACGAUUUAAAAAGUCCAGAAAUAAGUUCUCGACCAAACUUCAAAGUAAUUUAUGUAAAAUUUAAACCAUGGACGACUGCAAGAACAAAUACCAAAAGUACAAGCAGAUGGUAAAACAGUGGGAGGACGAAUUCAUGAAACAAAAUGACAGAAUUCCGACAAAGGAGGAUAUUAAGAAUGCGAGUAAUGACGUUCGAUAUGCUUACAAAAGCUACCACAACCUGAAGAGAGAACUUUCGACAAAAGAGAACAGUGGCUUGACAUCGACGAAGGAUGAAAUCCUCUUGUCUGUUCAGAAUUCUUUGACAUCUCUAUUUUCGGACGAAACAGCUUCCCCACCGGAUGAAAAGUCAAAGGAGGCAUCAGUUGUUGAAAGCAAUGGCAAAGAAUCAAAGAAGAAGGAAAUCCUGCCCGUUUUCAAUAGCAGCGGAAAAUUGUCUGAACUCACAGCUCGCAUGGAUGCUAUGAAACAACAAAUAAAAAGGACAAGAAGCUCUGGCAGUGUAGCUGAAGGGUCACCAAAUGUGGUGAUGAACGUUGACCAGGUGUGGGGAGAGCACCUUAAGGGCUCUGGGGGUGUUCGUAAAUUCCAAGAAAGAACGGCUUCGUUCCAAAUUUCUGAGAAACUUUACUCUAGUGCCACUUUCAAGAGUAAAAGAAAUCCGCUGAAGCCACACACACCUUUGCGUAGAACCAAGUCAGCUGUAUUCAGUGAUUUUCUUCAAUCUCGACUGGCAAAGAGGAGUAUAGAUGAAAGUUCAACGACUGGAACCCAGCAAUCCGAGGAGACUAGCACAGCUAAUGAGGAAAAGCAAGAAGAUUGGGACAAGACUGAAACGCCAAAUCUGACACAAGAGGAACCAAUGGAGAUAGCAGCCUCAUCGCAAGACAGCUCAGUCUCUUUGGAUAUUUUUUCGACCAAAUGCAAAUUGAAAGUGAAGGACACUUGUAAUUCUGCUAACACUUCAAAGGGGAAUGGUCACAGUAAAUUUUCUUCCAACAUUGAUGAGAAAUGGCUAGACAGGUGUGUGAAGCCAAGAACGACAUCCCAAAGUUCCCAAGGGUCAUAUCAGUCUGCAGCAAUCAAUUCUCAGAGCUCUGUGAUCUUGCACAUGGACAACUGCAACAUAGACAGCCAAAAUUCAUUGAGUUCUCAGAUGGACAUAGGAGGUUCUGACGAUGAUGCUAUAAUCAGCAAUUCAGACACAGAGGAGCCUUCAAAAGUCAGCAUGGUAAUGAAAAGAAAGGCUCCUGAAGAAAAUGCAGCUGAGGUUGCUUACAAGAAAACAAAACUCAGUAAAAAGGAAGUUCUGGAAAAGAAAAUUGCUGAUGGGAAACUAAAUGAAAAUUUUGUAAAAGUUAAUCUGAAGAAACGUGUUUUUGUGAGAGGAAAGAAAAACACAAAUUUUUCCAAGUACAAGAAGAUGAUGUAUAAGAGGAAGCAGAUGGACAAUGACGGCGGUGGUGGGGCUGCCAAGAAAGGAAAUUGUUUUACCUGUGGAAUGGCUGGUCACUGGGCCACAAAUUGCCCUCAAAACGGCGGACUCAUCUCUGCGGAAGAAGCAGCACUUAUUGACGACAGUCCGUACCUGACACUGGAGGAGGCUGAUGCUCUUGCGAGUGAAAACAGACCAAUUCCUAGAUUUUCUCUUGAGCCAACUGAAGAAGUUUUGAAGCCAAUCAUCGAGCCAUUAUACAAACUUGAUAAUGGAAAAAUACCUAAAACACCCAAAGAAGUUAAAAAAGCUCUAAAAGAUUUUGGCUACGACUCAUUCAGACCAGGCCAAGAAGAAACAAUCAUGAGAAUUUUGUGUGGACAGUCGAGUUUGGUGAUGCUUUCCACUGGUGCUGGAAAGAGUCUUUGUUACCAACUGCCUGCCUAUCUGUACAACCAGAAAAAAGGGCCGUGCAUUGCUCUUGUUGUGUCGCCAUUGGUUUCCUUGAUGGAUGAUCAGGUGAACAACAUGCCUGGGCCACUUAACGGUGCCUGCCUGCACACAAACAUGACUCCGAAGCAAAAGGUGCAAGUGGAGCAGCAGCUGAAAGACGGAGAGCUCCAUGUCUUGCUGGUUUCCCCUGAAGCCAUCAUCAAUAGUGACCGACAGGGUUUGGGCGGACUACUGAGCCUGUUGCCACCUGUGAGCUUUGCAUGUGUGGACGAGGCCCAUUGCGUCUCCCAGUGGUCGCACAACUUCCGUCCCUCGUAUCUCAUGCUCUGCAAAGUGCUGAGGGAAAAACUGAAAAUCCGCACCCUUCUUGGUCUGACGGCCACAGCCACAAAGUCUACUGCAGAAAGUAUUGCGAAGAAUCUCGGCGUUGCAGACGGCAGGAUCAUCGCUGAUUUGCCUAUGCCCUCCAAUUUGGUGCUUUCUGUGUCAAGAGAUGUACACAGGGAUGCUGCUUUGCUGGAACUGCUCAAGGGGGAGAGAUUUAGUGCCUGCGACUCGAUCAUCAUUUAUUGCAUCAGGAGAGAGGAAUGUGAUCGAAUCGCUGCAACGUUGAGGACAUGCCUUCAAGAUUCAAAAAAACAUGAGAGCAAUAAAAGAGGUGCCAUUUCUUGGAAUGCUGAGGUCUACCAUGCUGGUUUGACGCCUCAUCGUAGGAAGCAAGUUCAGAAUGCUUUCAUGAAUGGAAAACUCCGAAUUGUGGUUGCAACAGUUGCCUUUGGAAUGGGUAUCAACAAGAAUGACCUGCGAGCUGUAAUCCAUUAUAACAUGCCAGCUUCGUUUGAACGAUUUGUCCAAGAGGUGGGCCGAGCUGGUAGAGAUGGUGAAGAGGCCCAUUGCCACUUGUUUUUGGAAUCACAAGGUCGUGAUUUGAGUGAGUUGCGGAGACACAUUUACUCUGAUUCGGUGGAUAGACAUACAGUGCGAAAACUGCUGCACCGAGUUUUCAAACCUUGCAAAUGCUCAAAUGUAAAAGCUUUGGAGGAUUGGCAGCCUGAAAGUUCGCCGCCUCCUGAAAGCCACAGGAUCCUUGUGAAGGAAACUCCUGAGAAAAAUCCCCCUCAGGCGAGUCCGGUAAAGUGUCCUGGACACGAAGUGGCCUUUUCAACGGACGAGGCUAUUCAGGCUCUGGACAUGCCUGAAGAAAACAUUCAGACCCUAUUGUGCUACCUGGAGCAGUGGGUUGAAGUUUUAAGUCCAGCCUACACAACCUGCAAAGUGAUUAGCUACGGCGGACCUGGUGCAUUAAAAGCAGCGGCUAAAACGUGUCCACCUUUGGCAAUGGCAGUUGCCUUAGACCAAAAAUCAGGGAAAAGUCAUGAGAAGAGCACCUCGAUCGAGUUCCCCGUCAUUGAUGUUGCUGCUGCGAUUGGUUGGGAAAGUGGUCAGGUCAAAAGACAACUGAAGGAAUUGGAGUGGAAAAAAGUCAACGGGCAAAAUAGAAGGACACAGUUGGUAGUCCAGCUUCUGCAUCCAGGUUUGCGAGUGAAAGCAAAAGGCUCGCUGCCCCCGGAAGAACUGGACAGAGUUCUCGACUGGUUGUCUGAAAAAGUCGAGCGCCAGGAAAGAUCAAAACUUUUACAAUUAGAAGCACUUUUCACUGCACUUUCAAGUGUCUCGUCGGAAACCUAUCAAGAAUGUGUUAAAGAAGUAGACGAAGAAAAGUGCUUAAAACUGAAAGAAGCAGUCAAAAAUUACUUUAACACUGAUACUGCUGAGUUUGAAAAUAUGCAGCCAAAGUUACUUCCUGGUGUUGAAAAUGAGGAUCAAGUGAGGGCUGACGUUAGAGCUAUGGUAGGAACUUUUUCUGACUCUAGCUUCACUGGUCGUGCCAUUGCAAGGAUUUUCCAUGGUAUCAGUAGUCCUUGCUUCCCUGCCCAGGUUUGGGGCAGGACAAGAUUCUGGCGACUUCACCUUAACGACAACUUCCAAACUAUUUGCAAAAUAGCCUCACCGGAGAUUUUGAAAGCAAAAUAAGCAUCAUGCUUUGUUAAUUUUUCUUCUUUCGUCUGUCAAUAAUCUUGCGUUAUAUUACUAUUUCCUGAUGGUUUCCUCAAUUUUUUUGUGAUAGAGCAGUUAAAUAAGUAUAGAAAAGAGUUAAUUCAAAACCUUCUUCUGGUAAAUUAUUUAAAAAUGUUUAAAAAAAGUUUUAUUUGACCAAAUAUCCUAUAAUUAUUAAUAUAUUGGAUAUUGUAGAAAAAUAUUGACUUCAGACUUGCGAAUAAAGUGCUUUCAGA